AUGCCGAAGUCGGAAUUGUAUCUCCAUUAUAGGAUAAAGUUGAUAAACACUUUGAAUUAUGUGUUUGAUAUAAAUAGGAACGACUUUGACCGUUGUUGGACUUCCAAACUCAUAAUAUCCUCCAAUUUGUCCGGAUCGCCCAUAUUUUCUAAGCUCAAGAUGGUCAAGGUCCUAACUUGGGAAGAUGUUGGACUUCCAGAAGCGUCCAAUGUUUUGAAUGCAGCCACAAUCUCCAAGCAAGGUUUAGUGUACACCUCUGGUUCUGUUGGAAUCAGAGAUGGGAAACUGCCGGAAUCGGUCGAGGAGCAGACAGUCAAUGUCAUUGAGAACUUGAAGACAGUAUUACAGGCGGCUGGCUCGUCGCUUGACAGUGUUGUCAAGGUACUAGUCUUUAUUACCGAUCCAGCCGACUUUGGCAAGAUGAACGGUGUCUAUGGUAAGUACUUCAUCACCAAGCCGGCGAGAUCGUGUGUGGUUACUCAAUUGGCAAACCCGCAACUCAAGGUUGAAAUCGAACUUGUUGCAGAAGUUGAGUGA